UCCUCAUGCCAAGAGCGUAGUAAAACAAACACACCAUUGAUUUACUCGACAAUGUAGGAUUUACGGAAGAGUCGUCCCAGGCGUGGCUGAGGAACUUCCGUCUUCUCACAGCUCAAAAUGACAGCGACUCUGCGCCCCUACUUGAAUGCGGUGAGGUCCACCCUGCAGGCAGCUCUCUGUCUGGAGAACUUCUCCUCUCAGGUGGUGGAGCGUCACAACAAGCCGGAGGUGGAAGUCAGGAGCAGUAAGGAGCUGCUUCUUCAGCCAGUGGUGAUCAGUCGUAAUGACAAGGAGAAGGUUCUCAUUGAGGGGUCCAUUAACUCUGUCAGGGUCAGCAUUGCUGUCAAGCAGGCUGAUGAGAUUGAGAAAAUCCUUUGCCACAAGUUCAUGCGCUUCAUGAUGAUGAGAGCUGAGAACUUCUUCAUUCUGAGGAGGAAACCAGUAGAGGGGUAUGAUAUAAGCUUCUUGAUUACCAACUUCCACACGGAGCAGAUGUACAAACACAAACUGGUGGACUUCGUCAUCCACUUCAUGGAGGAGAUCGACAAGGAGAUCAGCGAGAUGAAGCUGUCCGUGAACGCCAGGGCUCGUAUCGUUGCUGAAGAGUUCCUGAAGAAUUUCUGAUGACAGCAUUGUCCCUGGUCUCAUACAAGCCUCGGGAAAACUCUUAAGGGCCAAUCAGCACGAGUGGAGAACUAAAAGAGGGAUCAGCCAAUCAUCAAGGAGAUAGGAGGGACGUGACCAAUGUGGCACCCUUUUGCAGCCGUCUCAAGUAUUUCCCUGUAUUCUCGAAUAUCAAUUCCUGUAUAUAAUGAGAUAUUUACCAGUUUCAUUCUCAGCCUCUCUGAACAAAUCCCCAAACAAAGGCGGGUCCUUAAAGUAUUAAUCAAGUUGAUAUCCAUGAAUACAGGGAGCGCGGAAGACGCGUUGUCGCAAAUAAAACGAGCAGGUUUUUGUAUUUUGUGUACGUAAGUUUGUAUGUUCUGUCGCUGUUGUUUUAAAUUUGUCUCUGUCCAGGACAUACAUGUUUGAGGAAGUCAUCUGUGUGGCAUUAUAUGACAUGGAGGAAGACGCCACAAAAAAAACAAAACCCAUGUAAGAAAUUAAGAGAAUAAAAGUCUGUUGUUUAUA